AUGGCUGCAUCUGCUAAAAGUUCUGAAGAAAGAAAGAAGUGUCCUUUCUGCCAUCUGUCUUACCAGUUUUCGUCUUCACUUUCAAAGCAUGUUAAGGAGAAACAUAGCAAUGAGAAAAGCGUCAAAGAUUCUCACGUUUUCUGCAAUUUAUGCGGCUCAAUGGUUUUAAGUGUGGCAAAGCUAAUUGAGCAUCUUAAUCAAAGCCACAACAAGGAAAUCAAAAUAACAAACCAUGAAUUUCGUUCUAUUGAUAAGUUUUAUGAGUGGAAGAAAGGGGAAGAAAGUCAUUCAAAGUCUUUUUAUGUCAAGAACAGUGCCAGUCGCAUGCAAGGUCUUAACAGGAAAUCCUAUUAUUAUUGUAACAGGUCUGGUGUGGUGCGUCAGUCGAAAGAGAAACGUCAGAGAGCUCCCAAGGUUCAAGGUUCCUCUAAAACAAAUGAAUACUGUACUGCACACAUGACAGUGAUUGAGGAUACUAUUACGAAGAUGGUUAAAGUCACUUAUUGCAGUCAUCAUAGUAAUCACAAACCAGAGGUAUGUCAUUUGAGAGUACCUGAUGAAGUAAAGAAUGCUGUUGCAGCUAAGCUAGCUGAAGGAGUAACAAUUGAAAGAAUAUUGGAUGAUGUUAGAGACAGUGUAACUGGUACUAUUGAAAGGGAGCAUCUUAUGAAUCGUCAGGAUGUUCACAACAUUGAAUACAAACUUAAUCUUCAAAGUAUCGAGAAACAUCAAAAUGAUCAUUCAA